GCCGUUAGGUUCGCACAUGCGCAGUAGGAAGCUCCUGGCCCAGAUCUAGGAAUCCUGCUGCAUCUGGAUUCACUUGUGUGCAUCCUGUGCUCUUUCUCCCCUCUGCUCCUACCCUCCCUUCCUUUCCCUCUCUCAUCAGGAUUGGUGGAGACCAAUUUCUUGGAGAUAGUUGCUAACAACUGAGUUGACAAAGGCAACAGCUGAUGUUGGCAAGAGACACCAAGAGGCUGUUUUUCACCAGUGCAUACCGAAAAACAGCCUGCCUAAACACAGUCAUCUAUCAUAAGAGUUUCUCCAGUACAGAUUAAGCAGGAGGAAAAGGAGGAUGCCAGUCUUCAGGCCAGCCUCUGGCCCAGCCUUCAGGCCAGCCUUUAGGUCGGCCUCAAGCAUCCGAUCUGAUAGCAGCGAUGUGGACGUGCUUGCGGGAGUUGAGUUGGCUAAACUUCAGCGCCAGGUCCGUAUCUUAGAGAGCAACCGUCGUGCCUAUGUUGUGGAAUCCCGUGAGAUCAUGCGCCGACAAAUGGACCAGGUGAAGCGCCUGCGGAGGGAGAAUGAAGACCUGGUACGCAGGCUAGUUGUGGCUCAGAACCGUGUCAACCGGAGGCAGGAUCAAUCCACAUGUGACACUCUCCGUUCCUUGUUGAGCCAGCGGGAUGAGGCGCUACAGCAAAUCACAGAAGAGAAGAAGCAGUUAGCCCUACUUGAUAAAGAGAUCCAAGCCUGGAAAAAACGUUUGGAUGACCAAAAGCAGUCGAUAGGCAGAGCGAGAGCGAGACAGGUCCGGCAACAGAAAAUGCAAUUGCAGAAGAGGACACAGACAGCAAAGAACCAGCUAUACAAGGUCUCUACAGAUUUCAGUUCUCGGCUGGUCUUGAAUUCCCAGUUACGUGAUGAUAUAGAAACUCUCCAGAUUGACCACAAACGCUUUCAACAGCAACACAAGCAGCUAGAGACGGAGAUGCUUGAGGCUCGUAAAGCCGUGGCAACCAUGGUCAGCACAUCCGCGGCCGCCUACGAAGCAAGGGAUGAAGCACAGGCUCGUUUAACACAGCUGAAGGAAAAGGCUGAGAGAGAUCGCCGGCAAUACGAAAUAGAAAUGAAAGAGUUGCUCCGCCUCCAGGAGAAUGACCGCCGUGUGUCUGAAUUCAUUGCUGUUAAGCUUCAAGAGAGGGCUAUCACUGAAGAGGCAAUGCUAGCUAAGAAGAAGAAAGAGCAAAAGCGCAAACAGGACCCGGAUGAGGAGGAGCUUAAAUCUUAUAAUGAUGUCGUGAAUAAAAUUCUGGAAGUAACUGGAACAACAGACCUAAAGGCUGCGUUGGACAGAUACAUUCAAGUGGAAGAGCGGAACUUUGCCCAGUUCAACUAUGUCAACGAACAAAACAAUCAGAAGGAACUGUUACAGGAACAAAUCAAAAAGCUUCGCCAUAAGAUAGAAGAGGUCAAAAAGCGGGAGAGCCAGAAAGAGGCGGAACGGCGUUCUCAGCUUAAACAGGUUGAAGCCCAACAGGAGGAAGCUGCCAAAGAGGCAAACCACCUUGAGUCGAAGCUUAAAGGUGUCAGCAAGAUUUGGGAGCAGAUCAAAAAUGAAAUUGAGUCUCUCUUUUGGAAGCUGCAGUGUGAUCAGGCAGCCUUGGAGCACAUUCUAGGGGGGACAACAGCCGUCCGCAAUGAAAAUGUUCCAAUCUACCUUAGCUCAAUUGAAAAGAAGACCAGUGAGCUGUUGGCAAUGUAUUCCUUAAUGCUUGCUGAGGAACAAGACAAGCCUUUUGAUACUGUGGAAACAGUUCAACUGAUUCUGGGGCAGAACUUUCAGAAGCAGCCUCAAGCGAUCCACCCGCGACCACCUUCUACUGGGCAUAAGCAUGAUCCCAUAGCAGAAGAAGACCAGAAACCCUUAACACAUGAAGAGCUCAAAGAAAAAGUUAUGAAGGAUAUUCUCAGCAAACCGGCAGCACUUACGCUAAAGAAAAGCAGCCAGUCGGAUAUUGCAAAUGUGCAUUAUGGGUCAAGUGCGACAAAGAAGUAUACACACUCCUCUCAAUUUGAGUAGGAAUUCCGUCACAGUCUGAGGCAUGACAUGCUAAGGACAGAAGCUGUGCUCAUGGGCAAGGUUGCCUUACGGUGUGAUCUCCUCCCUGCUUCACUGCCUCGUAACACCAGUGACUUCAGCAGAAGCAGCCUUCCUCACAGUUGGGAUGACAAGUGUGGCUUGUUGUCACCUUCGGCCUGCAGGGAUCUCGGUCUGUCGGGUGGAUCCUGGAAGAUCUGUCUUCGCCUGGAGAAUUGCCUUCCUGGCUGAUUAGGAUAGAUGGGUUGUGUCAUCGAUACCAAACAUGUUUGGCUUGUAUAGAUACAAGACUCUUCAGUCUAUUGCCAUACUGUACUCAAGUUCCUUGACUUGACGCCGCUUCCUCUGGGAAAGAGAGAAUAUGUUUAUGAUCUGCUCCUCGCUUGUAAUACUAUCCUAUUAAGGAAGUUGUCCGGUGGGGUCUCUCAUCUAGCAAACAGACACUUUAGGUUAGCCUGUGGGCAAGACAACCUAGCUCCCUAAUGCUAAAAAAGGUCACUGUUCAACAAGAAGCAGUCAGCUGAAGCUUAGGUUGCUGUGAGUUUUUCAGACUGUGUGGCAUGUUUCGCCUGCAUCUGUGACCGUCAUCUUCAGAGGUCUGAUGGAAGCGAGGCAAGUGGAGUGUAUAUAAUAAUAAUAAUCAUCAUCAUCAUCAUGUCUCUAAAAUAGAAAUAAUAAUCAUAAUCAUAAUAAUAAAUGAAUACCUGUGGAAUUUCCACAUUGGGAGAAAGAACCCAUGUCUGUUUAAAGCCAUUGUGAAUGUUGCAAUUAGCA